ACAUUAGCCUCCAUUACAUCAACGCUUACCACCGCUUAUCCACUAUCCUCGCCCUCAUCCCUAUCGCCACCACUGCCACAGUAUCAUGCAAGUGGUGGCAGUAAUGUUAAACCACCACCCGCAAGACCCCUAUCACCUGUACGUUCGUUACAUCCGAAAUUCUUUGCCUCGGCUACACGGUCGUCACGGCGCACCCCACCCACCAUUUAUACCCAGGCGCCACAGCAGCAACCAACCACCAAAUCAUUACCCAAUAAUUUGAAUUCACCUACCUCGACACAACACCAUAACUACCACCAACCGCACACGCACCUGCAUCAUCCCCACCACCUCCAUCAGCAGGCCCAGCCACUGCAGCAUGGCCACUAUGAGGGGUCGUCGUUGUUGUCAUCGUCGUCCUGCACCACCACCACGACCUCUGCCUGCUGUAACAGUAGAAUUUGUUCCUAUCACAUAGGCAGUGUUCCCCCAGCCUGCAGUAGCAGUAACAAUCUACCACAACAACAAAUGUCCUCCUCCACCACCUCUCAUCAUCAUUAUCAUACCAAUAAAUUUCAGAGUGAUGUUGGUGUUGUCGUCUCGUCCACGUCCUCCACGAGUAAUGUCAUUGGCGCCAUUUCAUCAUCGUCACCAUCCAGCAGUUCCCAGCAUACGCUCAAACCUUUAGCAUUGCCUUUGCCGCCUAGCAGCCACACCUCCUCCGCCGCAGCAGACAAUAAUGCCUCUACGACACUGUCGCACGGUUCAUUGGCGGCGGACCAAAUGGGCUCCGGCUCAAUAUCGUCAACCUCAAGCCUAUAUCCGUAUUCGCAUGGCGCUGGCGGUUGUCUAACACCCACCGGCAGUGUCGGCACCUCGACCACCACCACCAGCCACAAGAAGAAAUCCUCAUUUUUGCAACGUAAAAAACCGAUACUCACGCGUAGUGAGGUUUCCAGUUCCGAAUAUUUUUGUGUUAGUUUUUGUAAUGAAUCCGGCUGUCAAGAUGAGGAAUUUUUCCCUGCCACCAAAGGAGUAACACUGGCAAAUGCUUUAAGUCAAGCUUUAAGAAAACGUAAUUUAAGUUUUAGCCAAUUAACAAUAACCGACAGUUAUGACAAUAAUCAAACCUCAGCAUUUUUGGAAGCAGGCUCUUCACCCUUACAAACUUCACUGGAUGAAAAUACGGAAGUGGAAAACUUAGCUGGCCAUCAUUUGUUUGUCAAUGACAAGGAUAGUUCGAGGAAGAUUCUGACAAAAGCAGCCUCAUUUAACUCCCGUGCCCGACCACCCCGCCUCUUGUCUUCCGCCUCUACGGAUGAAUCAUCCGAAAUUAAUAUAACCGGCCAAAAACAACCCAAACAGCGAUGGUCUAGUCUAUUUGCUGUCAAGAAUCCGCAACAAAGUCAAUUAUGUGAACUGCUGAAUAGUUAUUCGAAGAAUGGUGUACCCCAGAGAACUCCUGCCACGCUGAAUUUUGAUCAUCCCGAUUUGGAUAAUGCCAUUGAGUAUUUGGAUAAAAUGCAUAAAUCAUGGACCGACUUUGUGGAAUGUAGUUCAAUGAAUGAUGCCGAGAUGAGAAUACAGACUGCAAUAUGGGAAUUGGUGACAACGGAGGUGGAUUAUAUCCACUGCCUGCAGACGGUGACAGAUCUCUUCCUGGCCUGUCUGGAAUCCGUGCAAGAGGAGGGCCUCCUCAAGGAAGUCGAUCAACAUCGCCUGUUCGCAAAUAUCCGUGAUAUUUGUGAGGCGAAUUUGAAAUUCUGGACUCUCUAUUUGUAUCCAAUGGUGGCGCAUAGCGUACAAACCCGAGAACCAUUGAGGAUUGGAUUCUUUCAAUCGGGAUUUAUUGCGUUUGCCAAUCUCUUUGCUCCGUACAAAAAAUAUUGUGCCGAACAGAGUACCUGUCAAUUCUAUUGCAAAGAAUUGAAUCGUACCAAUUCGCUGUUCACCUCUUAUCUGGCAUGGUGUGAGGCCCAGAAAAUGUGUAAUCGUUUACGUUUAGCCGAUAUUUUGGUGCGCCCCAUGCAACGUUUGACAAAGUACAGUUUAUUACUGACGGCUAUUAAGAAACAUAUGACAGACAUCGAAGAAAUUGAGGCUUUAGAAAUGAUGAUCCAAACCACCGAAAAUUUUGUAUUUAGUGUUAACAACCAUUUGACGACCCGACAAGAAAAUGAACGCUUAAAAGGAGUUAUGGCUCGCAUUGAGUCAUAUGACGUGGUGGACACCAACAACGAACAUCUGGAGAAAAUGAUCAAGCAGUAUAGUCAAAUGUUUGAUUUGUGUGCUCCAAUGAAAGGCUGUGCCUCUCAGCAUGUACGUCAUCUCUUUAUGGAGGGUGAUCAUCGAUAUAAAGACAAUCUCGGCAAAGCCGAUGUGCAUUGUUUCCUGCUCACCGAUAUGCUAUUGGUUUGCAAAUCGAUAGCCAAAAAAGGUCUGGGUACCUUGAAGGUGAUACGACAACCCUAUCUAACAGAUCGGCUGAUAGUACAACAUUCCAAUAAUAUUUUAAGUUGUGUUUAUCUAAAUGAAUUCCAAGUGGCAGUUAAUGCCUUCACUCUGCAAUGUUCGGAAGCGCAAAAAUGGUAUGAGGCUCUGAAAAGGGCACGCAUGAUUUAUACCCGAUUGAAACAGAGUAGUAUAUCGACGGCCACAAAUUGGGAUGCGGCAAUGCGUUUUGGUGGUAGUAUGAUCAGUGCUGGCACUGUUGAUAGUCUGGGCGUGAAGAAGUCUCCGCUGAAUUCUUCCAUUUGUAGCCAUGUGACAAGUGCUAAUAAUAGCCAUAGUGGUUCGGUGGAAUGGAAUGAUUCGAGGAAUAUAUCAGUGGAAUUUGAUAAGACAAAUUCAUUGUCCAGUGAUGAGGGGUGUGCUUAUUUGGGAGCCCAUGGUUUUCCCUUGAAGGGUAAGCCUUUAACCACAAUUAGUCCCCAAAAGCUGAAAGUGAAUACCACCAGUUCCUCCAACACCCUGACCGUGCAGCCAUUAAAUCAUUUGGGCCAAAGUCUGCCCAAUUUAAAUUUACAUCACAGCCCUCCUAAUAAUACCCUAUUGGUACCGGGUGCAGCCAAUACAAGCAGCACACAAUCGGGUAAUUUAUUAUUAUCGCCUAGUCAUCGGGGUAUAUCAUAUCCGCCACCAAGUCCAACGAGAGUCCCCUUAAGACGUGGCAAUGCAUUUUCCAAUUCCAUCAAAUAUCCCCCGCUGUUGAAGACCCGUAACAUCACAUCCCAAAAUAGCAUUAAUUGGCAUCAUAUACCGGCCACACCCACCCCGACCAGUCCCCAAUCGCAGCAUGCCUCACCCAGCCGGCAGAUUUUGGCACCAAAUACCCCGGAUAAUGUUAGUGUGACGAGUAAUAGUAGCACUAAUUUGGCAGUUAAUACUCUAACGGAUACUGAGGCGGCAGCAGCCAGUGGUGGCAGCGGCAGUGGCGCCGGCAGCACUCAACAGCUGCACCAGCCACUCCAAUCAAAUCCCAUCAUCUUAUCAACACAGUUAUCGAAUUCCACAGAAACGGAUGUUUGA